AUGAACAAGCCACUGUUCAAAGCUAUCAAGAUCUGGAUCGAUAGCAACAUAGGUAUAGACCUUAGCUAUCUGGUUUGGGCUAUUGCUCUAUGCAUUCCCGCGCGCACAUACGGCAAGGCAACAUAUGAUUGGCUCAGUUCGAAUCUCACGAACUCGCUUGAGCUCGACAGCAACGAUGCGCUGGUUACCGACCUUUUGAUGUGGAUCAGCAAGCAACCAUCCAACCAACUAUUCGCCUGGCUUCCGACUUUCGAGCAUCUGGAGUGGAAAGAUUUGUCGCAUGAAUCAAAAACCGCCAAUAAUGAUGAGAGCAACUCCCACCACCUCGUCGCUUCUGCUGGCUACACUCCUUUCUUCCACGAAGGCGUACCAUUUCUGCUGUACAAACCGGACGGCCGAGGCUACAACGACAAACUCACGUUACGCUGCAUGUGGGGGAGUAAGAAUCCCAUCGAGGCCUUGCUGAGAGCCGUUCAUAAGACUGUCAGCGGUCAGAUGACGUCCUUGAGUGUCCGCUACGUUUCGGCCAAUCGCUUUGACCAUCAUACUGCCAGGAAACGUAGACUUGAGAUGAUUGACAUGAAUCCGCUCAAGAAACAAGAGCUUUUGACUGAUCUUCAGGUAUUCUUCGCGGAUGGGACGGAGGACUAUUAUUAUCAGAACGGAACGCCAUACCGAAGGGGCUACUUGUUCUACGGGCCAGCUGGUACAGGUAAGACAAGCCUGUCUACCGCUAUUGCGAGUCACUACAAUCUGCCGCUUUGUGUCAUCGACCUUGCCGGCAUGGACGAUAAGACUCUGCAGAAGCAGGUAAAAAACUUGCCCGCUCGCUGCGUCAUCCUCUUCGAAGACAUUGACGCUGCUGGCGUUGUCCGUGAACGCACCAUGGCGCCGCUGCCUUUGGAAAAUGAUGGUGAUAGUGAUGAUGAGGAGGAGGAAGAGGAAGAGGAGGAGAGUAGUUCAGAAUCCACCACAUGGAAUGUAAGGCCGAAGAAGAAGAAGAGCAGGAAUGUGGAUUGUAGAAAGAAGAAGUUACCGCCUCCGCCGCCUCCGCUGUCGAGGACAAAAGUCACUCUCAGUGGUUUGCUUAACACUCUAGAUGGACCUGGAUCGCGAGAAGGCCACAUCGUCAUCUUGACAACAAACGCCCCCGAUUCAUUAGACGAAGCUUUGUAUCGCCCAGGUCGAGUAGACACCCAAGUGUAUCUCGGUUUCGCUGAUGACAUCACUGCUGGCAUCACAUUCACACGCAUAUUUGGCAGCGACAAGCAGGUAACUGUGCCGCGGAAAGAGCUCAAUCGCAUGGGCCGCCGCUUUGGGCGUAUGGUACCAUCCGACUUCUUCACUCCCGCUGAGAUUCAGAAAUUCUGCAUGAACAGACGUGGUCAGCCACAAAAGGCACUCAAUGAAUUUCCCCACUUCAUCGACGAAAAGCGGACAGGAAAGACAAACUUCCAGUACGACAUUCAUCGACGUGCCCCGAAACCCACGUUUGAGAAGAAGGAAGGCGUACGUGACGAUGACUCCAGUGGCGAGGGUCAGGACAUUCCCAGCAGUACUGAUGAGUCUGUCGAAGACGCCGAACAACUGACUCCUGACUCGUUUCAUACAUCAUCGACGAAGUCACCCUAUGCAGCACAGCGAAGGAAGCAUGUGAUAGAACAGCUGCACAUAACUCAUAGUAGUUACGCGCAUGAAGACGACCCUUUGGCUUACGGCGAUUAUCAUCCGAGACGA